CCCGUCCGGGGAAUCGGGCUGCCGUUCGCGAACUCGCUUCGUUCCGCUUUCGUUCCGGUCUUUAUCAUCCACCCAAUAGGAUACAAACGCGGAUUGUUUCGUCGACGAGAAAUGAACGCCACGACGCUGGCCGCGAUCUAGAAAUUCGUCUCUCGGGAGUGAACCUUACGGGACACGUGUGCACGAGACGUGGGGUAUCAUAUGCCAGUUGGGGAUUAUGUACCGGUCUCGCUGGCGUUACUGAUGGGUAAAAGUGUCCUCGUCGAGGGAGGAGUGACGAUAUACAAAAAUCGAGAACGCAUUACAACGAUAAGAAGGACUCCAUAUGAGACAACCCUACAAUCUCGUCAACCCUUAAUGUAUCCAUCGUGAGCCUUUGGCAGCUGGCUCUACACGCGAAAACGCGGUCCUGCGGGAUCGACUCGAGAUCGACGUAGUGUGAACGAGGGAACAAACGGAUAAAGAUAAGGCUAAGGACGAUGGGGGUGCCGGACGUGGAACAGGCUAAGAAGCGACUUCAGGACAUACUGAGGCGGGCACAGAAACUGGAGAUACCGACGCAAGAGGUGAUCUCGACGAGGACGGCGCGUAAAUUGCUCGCCAGAACGCGCAAUGUCCUGGCAUGGACUAUCUGGAUUGGAGUAUUCGUUGUCCUCCUCAGUGGCGUUGUCUACGCUCGUUGGCCUACACGACAGGAUGUGGAAACCGUUAGGACCGUGCUGAGGCGAACAUGUUCAGGUGCGGCUUCGGGCGAUUUUUCGGAACGAGUGGCAGCGCUUCUACAAUCAUCGUCAACUCAGGAUGACUGCUAGUAGUGAGCUCUAUAACACGUGAUGACCAUUUCUUCCCUGAUUCUGCUCAACGGAAGGAAAAAAAAGAAAAGGUAUCAUCAGAAGAAAGAACUGAUCUAAUGCGCGCGGCGCGUUCUAAAUGAUUUUUGUCGAGCUAAUCUGUAAGCUUUAAAACAGCAGUUCCGAGGCAGCGUCUCUACUUUAGGCUUAAGACUCAUUCUCUUUUUUGUGUGGAUGAUGCUACGGCAUGACGACAGUGGAACGUAUGGAAGUGUCACAGAGACGAAAAUUGUCGGAGCCAAAUGCGAUUUUAGUGAGACUUCGUAUGAAACGAAGUGUGUGAUCCCUCUCGAAACUCUUCACUUUAUAUUAUUUUCAUGAAAAAAUGGUUUCCAGUAUGAUAUUAUUACUUGCUAAUUUAUGCUGUAAAUUGUAUUCAUGCAACAUAAUUAUGAAAGCAGCAAUAUUAUUACAUGUAGCAAAAAUUAAAUACUUUAAUUUUACAAAAAGUUAACACAUUCUAAUCUUGAACCAUGGUUAAAUACAAGAUUGUUUCCAGUUUAUGUGUGUUAAAAAUCAAUAGUUUAUAAAAGUAUUAUUUACUUGAGUUCUUGAUUAAAAGAGAUUAUAAUUUUUUUUUUAAUCUGUAAGAGUUUAAUGCCUAAUUGGCAACACAUUUCAUCACUACAAAAAAAAAAUUAAGUGAUGAUCUUGUGUUACAAAUGCAAACAAAUUUCGCGUAAUAGAAUUCUAUGUACCCCAUGACAUAGCUAACAUUCCUACCUAUGUAACGUGGGGUAACAAGGUCUAACAACGAAUGAGAGGUGCACGAGAAUGUCCGGUCAGUUUUCUGCUGUUAGAAAAGCGACGAGUGCGUGGAUCGUAUGCGUGUGUUUGUUUGUAUGUGUACGCGGAGAGGUCGGAAAACGUGAGAGAUAGUUUCGAACGGGCACGGUGAGUGGGUGUCGGAAUGGCGGUGAUCUUCUUGGUAAGGGCGCAGGCGUUAAAUUUCCAGAUAGCCCCGGCAAAUAAGUGCCAUGUAGAUAAGCGCGGAAAAACCAUGCCAACCUGGGGGUUAGGAAAACGGAUAGAGAAAGGGGGUAGGGGUACUUACUGGAAAAAGCGAAAAGAGAACCACGCCGCGCCGUGAAAACGGGCGCGAUAAUGGCGUGGAAAUAGUGUCGGCAUACGUAGCGAACGAAAAAAAAAGCGGCACCAAAAUUGCGAGUCAUUUAGGAUAGGUGAGAACAUUUUCUAGAAUUGGGAUCGUAUCUAGGAAAAAAUGGUAUAUAGCGAUUCAAAAAUUAUGACCUCAAGAAAGGAAAAAUGAUUAUAGAUAGCAGUAUUAAUACAAUUGAUAUAAUAAAUAAGAGAUAAAAAUAUAAAAGAUAAAAGAGAAGAAUAAAACG